CGCUCCGACAUCCGGCCCGCAGCUAAGGCCGGGGAGCCCUCUUCCCGGCCAGGCUGCGUCCCCAACCCCACGCCGGGGGCGGGCCGGGCCGGCCGAGCCGAGCCGCCGGCGUCCAUUUUCUGGGCGGUGCUGCGAGACGCCGCGGCCUGACUCGCGGGUCCGGAAGCGCCAUGGACCCCCGGGGAACGCGCUCGCGGGGCAGCGGCCGAGCCCUAUCUCGAUGCGGUGGAGAUGGAAGACUCAGAACCAAGGAUUUCCAAGUGAUUUCUUCCAAAGCACGAGAAACUAACUCUGUUAAGCCUGCUCUGUUCUAACUGAGGCAGAAUAUGGCUUGGAAUUGCAUCUUCAACAACUUUCACCGCUUUUUCACUUUGCAUUUGCGGAUUUGGAUUCUUUGUCCUAAACUGUUACACUGGGAAUUCCCUGGUGGUCCAGUGGUUAGGACUCCACGCUGUCACUGCUGAGGGCCCAGGUUCAAUACCUGGUCGGGGAGCUAAGAUCCCGCAAGCCGCAUGGUGUGGCAAACAACAAAAAGCAAACAGCAACAACAAAAUAAAAAUAAAGUGUUACACCGACUCCUAGAUUACAAGCUUCUUGAGGGCGUAAAACUCUCGACUGUGCCUUUUUCUGACUGAAAUUCCUUUUCCUCAGCUUUGUCCAUAUCUGCAAGGUUUUGCUGGGCUCACACCCGUUCCCAAGCCCCUCUCCCCCCGACCCCUGAAACCUUCUCCCAGCGCUCUUGACCCUUCACCUUCCCUGGGAAUCUGUGUUUUACGGCUUUUCAUGAGCACAUCUUAUUUUCCCUGCUGUACCACAGACCUUUGGGGGCAGUAUUUUUGUUCCUCUAGCGGCCCUGGCUUUUAGUGUCAGCCCCCAGGCCUGCUUCUGCCUGGUUGAUAUAAAACCACCUGAAGAGCCUCUGAGACAAUGUGGGAAGGAGGCUUGUCAGUGUUUACUCGGUGUGCCUUUCCAACUUGUUAUCAUAUGAAUGUAUUACUUAUUCACGAAAUAAGGUACAAAAGUACAUACGGAUUCCGGGGUCUCACCCCAGCUGUUCCAAACCAGAAUCUCUGCAGGGGCGGAGUAGGGGGAAUCUGUAAACCUGUACUGUUUUAAAGCUUCCCAGCUGAUUUUGAUGCCUAGCCAGGUUUGGGAACUACUGUCCCAAAGCAUGAAGUAGGUAUUCAGUAAACAUCUGUUCAACGGAGAGAUGAACUCUUAUCUUCCUGUAGCACUUAGCCUGAUGCCUUGUACUUAGCAGUUGCUCAAUAAAUAUUGGUCGAGGGAAUUAAAGUAAAUUUUGAGUUCAGAUACUAACUCCCCCGGCCUCACUUUCUUAGGUGUGGGUGGAGCCAUCACUCCUUCCCAGGUUCCCCCUCUGUCUGGGGUGGAUGGAUUAAUUCUUACCUGGACCACUAGGACGGCCUCGCUAGCUGGUUUGCAACCAGCUGGCCUCCCUUGGAUCCUUUCCACACACUGCAGCCUAAGUGAUCCUGAGUGAUUUUUUUUUUUAACUCAAAUCUGAUGAUAACUUUUAAUGAUAACUAGUACUGACAAUAUAAAACUUGCUGUGGGGAGUCCUCUAGAGCCCAUUAUGGUCUGGUCUGACCCUUCCGAACAGGAGAAGGUACGAGUCAGGAAAGAAAGUAGAUCCUACAGGGGCCCGGAACAGAGAGACCUCAAGGAAGGCCAAAUAAGCACCAGCCAAGUAUGUUAUUGAUCUAUAAGCCAGUGAAGGAUAGGCUGCUGCUAUCCAUUCAGGGGUGAACCUUUCUCCCUUCGGGGCACAGAGGAAGCCAUAAAGAUCCCCUUUUUUUUAAGUUUAUAUUCUUUAUUUUUUUGGCUGCAUUGGGUCUUAGUUGUGGUAUGCGAGAUCUUCAUUGCGGCACUCGGGCUUCUCUCUAGUUGUGGAGCGUGGGCUUCUCUCUAGUUGUGGCGUGCAGGCUUCUCUCAAGUUGUGGCAUGCGGGUUUUCUCUGGCAUGCAGGCUCCAGGGUGGGUGGGCUCUGUAGUUGUGGCACGUGGACUCCAGAGCACAGGGGCUCUGUACUCUAAUUGAGACAUGUGAACUCAGUAUUUGUGGCGCUCAGGCUUAGUUGCCCCGUGGCAUGUGGAAUCUUAGUUCCCCGACCAGGGAUCGAACCCAAGUCCCCUACAUUGGAAGUUGGAUUCUUUGCCCCUGGACCACCGGGGAAGUCCCAGAGAUCCCUUUUCAUUUAAUUUUAUUUAAAGAUUUAAUCCCCCACAUCCCUAGAAAAGAUUCAUGGAAGGUUCCACUUAAAGGCAGGGAAAACAAGAGGAAAAGAGCUAUCACUAAAUCAAGAAAGUGAGACAGUAGUCACACCAGAAACCCAGGCUCACAGUGGCUACAACAGUCGAUGGUAAACGUUAGUUCUAAGCAUCCUCGUGUCGAGAAUUAAGAGAGAAUAAACGUGAUGACAGUCAUGUCCCUUUCCAGGGACCUCAAGGACGACUUUCACAGCGACACAGUGCUCUCAAUCUUGAAUGAGCAGCGCAUUCGGGGCAUUUUAUGUGAUGUCACUAUCAUUGUGGAAGACACCAAAUUUAAAGCCCACAGCAAUGUCCUGGCUGCUUCAAGCCUUUAUUUCAAAAAUAUCUUUUGGAGUCACACCAUCUGUAUUUCCAGCCACGUCCUGGAGCUGGAUGAUCUCAAAGCCGAAGUGUUUACAGAAAUCCUUAAUUAUAUCUACAGCUCCACAGUCGUCGUCAAGAGACAAGAAACAGUCACUGAUCUUGCAGCUGCAGGAAAAAAGCUGGGAAUAUCCUUCUUGGAAGAUCUUACCGAUCGCAACUUUUCAAAUUCCCCAGGUCCUUAUGUAUUCUGCAUUACCGAAAAGGGAGUGGUUAAAGAAGAAAAAAAUGAAAAAAGGCAUGAAGAACCAGCCAUCACUAAUGGGCCAAGGAUCACAAAUGCAUUUUCCAUCAUCGAAACGGAAAAUAGUAAUAACAUGUUUUCUCCACUGGACUUGAGGGCAAGUUUCAAAAAGGUCUCCGACUCCAUGAGAACCACCAGCCUUUGCCUGGAGAGGACUGACGUCUGCCACGAGGUGGAGCCCGUGCACACCCUCGCCGAGCACUCCUACGCCGUGUCUUCCGUGACUGAGGCUUACAGAAGUCUGCCUGUACGGGAACGGGACAGCAGUUCACCUGGGAAAACAGGUAAAGAAAACUGCGAAGCGGUUGCAGCAAAACCGAAAACAUGCCGAAAGCCAAAGACAAUCUCCGCACCCCAGGAUUCGGAUUCACCUCCAGAAAAUAUACCCGCCCCUCCAGCAACCAACUUGGAAAUGAAUCAAGAAGGAAGUCCACAGCCAGCUGCAAUUCUUUCCCUUUCAAAAUCUCCCAGCAACAACGAAGGAGAGGUCCAUUUUCCCAGGGCAGAGGAAAAUAAAUCCUCCGAUGCCCCCACACUGCCAGCCACAGAGGUGCCGCCUCUCAUUUACAACUGUAGCUGUUGUUCCAAAUCCUUCGACAGCAGCACUUUGCUCAGCGCCCACAUGCAGCUUCACAAGCCAACCCAGGAGCCCUUGGUGUGCAAGCAUUGCAACAAACAGUUCAGCACCCUCAACAGACUGGAUCGGCACGAGCAGAUCUGCAUGAGGUCAAGCCACAUGCCCGUUCCUGGAGGGAAUCAGCGCUUCUUAGAAAACUAUCCCACCAUUGGGCAGAAUGGAGGUGCGUUCACAGGUCCAGAGCCUUUAUUAUCUGAGAAUAGGAUUGGUGAAUUUUCCAGUCCCGGAAGUACCUUGCCAGAAACAGAACACAUGGUUAAAUUUGUUAACGGGCAAAUGCUCUACAGCUGCGUAGUAUGCAAACGUAGUUAUGUGACUUUAUCCAGCCUCCGAAGACAUGCCAAUGUUCACUCGUGGAGAAGAACGUAUCCUUGCCAUUACUGCAACAAAGUAUUUGCAUUGGCUGAGUAUAGGACAAGACAUGAGAUUUGGCACACAGGAGAAAGGCGGUAUCAGUGCAUUUUCUGCCUGGAAACGUUCAUGACCUACUAUAUACUCAAAAACCACCAGAAGUCUUUCCAUGCCAUCGAUCAUAGACUUUCCAUCAGUAAAAAAACAGCAAACGGGGGCUUGAAGCCUAGUGUCUAUCCAUAUAAGCUUUAUAGGCUCCUGCCCAUGAAAUGCAAGAGGGCUCCUUACAAGAGCUACCGACAUUCUUCCUAUGAAAAUACUCGAGAAAACAGUCAGAUGAACGAGUCUGCACCUGGUCCCUAUGUUAUUCAGAAUCCACACGGCUCUGAAUUGCCUACUCUGAAUUUCCAAAACAGUGUAAACACCUUGACCAGCAGUCCAGCCAUCCCCCUGGAAACACCAGCACGUCAGGAUGUACCCACUUCCACCAGUGCACAAAACGCAGAGGGUACCAAAUGGGGAGAGAAGGGAGAGUUGAAAGUUGAUCUGGACAGUAACUUUUAUUCAACAGAGGUGUCAGUUUCUUCUGCUGAAAAUGCCGUCAGUUCGGGCCUCCGGGCAGGGGACGCGCCCGUUUUGUCUGUGAGUAACGGCAGUGAGAACUCCACCUCUGUGAUCAGCUACAGUGGCUCAGCGCCCUCGGUCAUCGUGCACAGCAGCCAGUUUUCAUCGGUGAUAAUGCACAGCAAUGCCGUUGCUGCCACAAGCAGCCACAACCCCGCAGCCCCUUCAGACCUGGCUGGCAGUCAGAGCCCGAAAGACGAUGGCAAACCCGAGCCAGACAAAGUGGGGAGGGUUGUCAGCAGACCCAAGAGCAUGAAGGAGAAAAAGAAAACCAUCCUGUGUAACAGGGGAGAAGUACCAGAGGAGUCCAGAUACAUUGCUGAUCCUGGAGGGUCAUUGAGCAAAACCACAAAUAUCAUUAAAGAAACUAGUAAAAUUGAAACUUACAUCGCAAAGCCUGCUCUCCCGGGAACCUCCACAAACAGCAACGUCGCGCCCCUUUGCCAGAUAACAGUGAAAAUCGGGAACGAAGCCAUUGUGAAAAGGCACAUCCUAGGAUCUAAAUUGUUCUAUAAAAGAGGGAGGAGGCCCAAGUACCAAAUGCAGGAGGAGACUCCGCCACGAGAGAGUGAACAGGAAACCAACAGAGACAGCCCGAUCGGGCUCUGCCAGUCCGAGUGCGUGGAGAUGAGUGAGAUGUUUGACGAUGCCAGUGACCAGGAUUCCACGGAUAAACCGUGGCGCCCUUACUACAACUACAAACCCAAAAAGAAAUCCAGACAGUUGAGAAAAAUGAGGAAAGCCAACUGGAGGAAGGAGCAUGAAAACAGGAGCCCGAGCAGCAAAUGUAAAUACCCGGCCGAACUGGACUGCGCAGUGGGGAAGGCUCCCCAGGAGAAGGCCUUCGAGGAAGAAGAAAAUAAAGAGAUGCCCAAGUUGCAGUGUGAACUCUGUGACGGAGACAAAGCCUCGGGGGCCGGGAAUCAAGGGAGGCCCCACCGGCAUCUCACGGCCAGGCCUUAUGCGUGUGAGCUCUGCUCCAAGCAGUUCCAGAGCCCCUCCACCCUGAAGAUGCACAUGAGGUGUCACACGGGAGAGAAGCCGUACCAGUGCAAGACCUGCGGACGGUGCUUCUCGGUGCAAGGCAACCUACAGAAACACGAGCGCAUCCACCUGGGCGUGAAGGAGUUCGUCUGUCAGUAUUGCAACAAGGCCUUCACGUUGAAUGAGACCCUCAAAAUCCACGAAAGAAUCCACACUGGCGAAAAGCGAUACCACUGUCAGUUCUGCUUUCAGAGUUUUUUGUAUCUCUCCACGAAAAGGAAUCAUGAGCAGAGGCAUAUCCGAGAGCAUAAUGGGAAGGGCUAUGCCUGCUUCCAGUGCCCCAAAAUUUGCAAAACAGCUGCUGCCCUUGGAAUGCACCAGAAGAAACACUUAUUCAAAAGCCCAAGUCAGCGGGAGAAAACAGAAGGUGACACGGGCCACGAGAACUCAAAUCCCCUGGAGAAUCCACAUUUCAUUGAUUCAGAAGACAGUGACCAAAAGGAUAAUGGACAAACCGUUGUUGAUAAUGUCCUUUGAAUGGUGAUACUUGGAAAAAUCUUCGAAACUAUAAGUUGGUGGGUUUGGGUUUUUCGGUUUUUUUUUUGUUUUUUUUUUUAAGUUAGCCGUUUUCUUUUGUUUCUGUUUAAUUUUGUUCACAUAACAGUCAUGAAGGAGUGAAAUGUAACAAAGAAAAUCUCAUUUGUGAAAAUUCCAGGAAAAGGAUCCUAAUAUCUACUUUGGGUUUUAGCAUUAACUUCAUGCAAAGUACACAAAAACAAAGUAGCUGAAUCUUCCAAUAUCCCAAGUGACCUGUGAAAGUUUAUGAAGUUCUCAGCUAUGAUAUUUCUGCCAGUCGGGGGAAAGAAAAGAGUUUAAUUUUAGCGUAAUUUAAAACUUUCUAAUAAGUGCUAAUAGGAACUGGCUGCUGAACUGUCUUUAGUCACUGGAGAAAAUAAGGGUCAGAUGUCAUGAAAAUGUCAUCUUCAUAAAUAAGUUCAAAGGUAAAUGAGCUAUGACAGUCAUUAUUCCCAACCAGCUUCUAUUAAAAUUGUUUAAAUUAAUGGAUACCUACGAAAUAAUAUAGUUGAAAAUACGUGUGAAAUGAGUAACCCGAGUAGGACAUUCAUACAUUAUCUAGAAGUACUUUUCUGCAACACAAACCUUGUAAAAUACAUAUAUAAAUCACUCUAACUUUUAACUGUCCAUGUCCCCUGUAGUGAAUUAUAAUGAUGAGCAAUAGAUCUGCAAAUAAUGAGGACUGAUGUAAAAAUCAGUAGAAAGCAUUUUGAAUAUUACUUAAGAGCAUGUGUAUGCUUUUAGAUGGAAUGCUGUUCUCUUGAAGUUAUGGCUGAGCUGUUAUUAGAACUGGUCUACUCAAGUCACAGAAAACAUAGGUCAUGCCUUAUCCAUGGGGGAGAGCCUUCCCAGAAGUUACCUGUGGUUACCUGUGCUGUGCUGUAUAUUACUUUUUAGUGGCCUCACUUCAGAAAAUGAAGAAAGGUCAGAUUCUUCUGAAACUCCCUGCAGUCUUCCAUCCAUCACAAGGCCAUGGACAUGGAGGUCUUUCCAGGUAGAUUUAACCAGUCUCAAGGGUUCAAGUGAAACCUGACGCCUUCCGUGCCACUGAAGGAGUGUCCAGGAAAUGUAGCGCAAAGCAUGUGUACGGUGGUGAAUUCCCAGGCGCUUGAAAGUGACAGAAAGCCCAAUCCCUACAAUUGUUAGCCUUCUUGGAGAUCAUGCAGCCCACAAGCACAUACUAUUUAAAAAAAAAAAAAAGGACAAGAGAAACACACACCCCCGCCCCACCCAUUAAUGACUUGAGGGGGCAGAGGGAGUGAUGAUCUUCCUUGCCUCGAACAGAGCUUUGUCUUUGGGGGGUGGGGAGAUAGAAUGUGGAGUGACAAGGUUCCGUCACUUACUGAUAUGACUCAGAAAUACAUCCACAAACCAGAUGCCUUGUCUUAAUGUUUGCAGACGUCUAGCCCGCUUGCUAAAAACCACUUCCGUUUUUAAUGUUCUUUUAUGCUGACCCACACCAUCAGCACUGCCCUCAAAAUCUAACUGCCCUAUAGGCUAUUCCGUCAUGUGGACUAGGUUCCUGGGAGGCUGGAAGUCAUGAGUCUUACUUUUUAAACUGCCAGAAUAGGAGAGAGAGAGAGAAAACGUUCUUACCCUUUGAUGACCAGUAUGAGCAGAAUCUGGGACCCGGUUCAAGGAUGACCUGCGGCCAUUCAUGUUCACGGGAUGUGAUAGCUGGAAACCCAAGAUGACCCAAGGUUGCAAGGUUACCAUUGUGAAGAAGUAGCUCAAAGGACUCCAGAUCCUCUCUCCAAGCGUUGUGAUACCUCCAUGAAGAAGACUUAAUAAGGAUUGGGGUGGGCAAGAAAGCAUUUAAACACCCAGAAAAGGACAUGAUCAAAGCUGACCUUUUUAUACUGUAGUACUUUGCUGUUAAAUAACCCCAGUAUUGUAUUUGCAUUUAUCUUUUGUUCAUCUGCUUUCACUUACAAACAGUAUUAUGUAAUAGAGGAAAAUGGAAAAAUGCAAACGAGUCCAACUUUAUUUUAUACAUUGUAUAUAUGUAUACCUGCACUAUUCAUUUGGGUUUUGUUAAAAAGAUAGUUGCAAAGGGCCUAAGAAAUUUUGAAUUGAUGAUUAGAAAAUUGAAUAAGCAAUCCUGUGAUCUACUAAUUUGUUUUAUCUCAAUUAGGCUUAUGGAUCAAGGAGAAUUACUGUGUGUUUCAGUCACUUUGAUUUGAGGUAACUCCAAAUACAAAAUGAUUACAUGUACUGAUGUCUCCCAGCCCUUCCAUGUGGAUACUUUUUAAGUGGACUUGUAUGCUGAUAAUUCUAGACCAAAGUAAAUAUGGCAGAAUAUUUAUACAUGAAAAAAAUAAUUUUGCAAAUAUUUUCUAUAAUUGUAUUAUUCGUUGAAAAUGUUGAUAGCUUGUGUUAGUUUCAGGGAGGGGUGUAUAUUUUGAUAAAAAAAAUACUUGACUUUGUAAUCCUGUAUAUUCUAUACAAUUUAUAGCAGAGCCGUUUUAAGACAGCCUUGUCGCAUUUUUUGUUAAUUGUGAAAAUUUUAUUCUAAGUGAUGUUUAUGCAUUGAGUACAUAACGACCAACUAGAAUUAAAGUAAGUGUGAACAGUGAACAUACUGUAUGCUGUACAAGAUAUAUUGUAAUUUGCUGUUUUAGCAUCUGUAUUUUGGUUAGAAGAUAUUAUUAAAUACAGAUGUUAAGGGUUGGAAAAGUCUAAUUUUAUUUUUAGAACUAAUUGAUAUAAAUUUGUUUUUGCUUGAUUAAAAUAGCUUAUUCCUA